GGCAAGCACAGUGGCUGGUUUCGAUUAUAAUACCAGUGUAGUAGAAAAUACUUAAUCGCCCUAGUGUUUGACAAUAUUUCGCGGGAAAGUGUCGAUUACUCACGAGGUACCGGCUUUAUAUUGUUUACUGUUGCUUUUCUAUCAUCGAUCAAUAUGGAUAGUCGAAAGCGUCCCAGAGAAGAUUUGCUGACUGCUGACAGUGAUAAUUUGAAAACCCCGGAGAAGCGCCUUUCUGAGCUGUCGUUCAUGGACGGGGACUUCAGACAGUGGGGUGUGGAGGACACUUGCCGAUACUUGGUUCUGAAUGGUCUUGGCGCCUGGGAGGAGAAAUUCAGAGAGCAACAAAUAACAGGAGUGGGGUUACGAUACCUUACAGAGAGACAGCUGGAGGAUAUUGGUGUAAGGCCUCUUGGCAUGCGGCUGCAGAUUCUGCACUGCCUGAGGAAGCUGUGGCAGAUAGGAGCUGAGAACAUCAAGGUGUUUAAUGACCCCAUCCAUGGCCACAUAGAGAUGCAUCCUCUGCUGGUCCGUAUCAUCGACACCCCUCAGUUCCAGAGGCUCCGCCACAUUAAGCAGCUGGGAGGAACAUACUUUGUCUUCCCUGGAGCCUCCCACAACCGCUUUGAACACUCCAUCGGGGUUGGACACCUGGCAGGUCGGUUGGUCCAGGAGUUGAAUGAAAGACAACCGGAGCUCCUCAUCACCCGUAGAGACAUACUGUGUGUUCAGAUCGCUGGGCUCUGUCACGACCUGGGUCAUGGUCCUUUCUCUCAUAUGUUUGAUGGGAUGUUCAUCCCAAAAAUACAUCCAGGAUCAAAGUGGAAGCAUGAGAAGGCAUCCUUGGACAUGUUUGAUCACCUGGUGCAAGUGAACAAUUUGGAGUCGGUGAUGAAGGAACAUGGCCUGGUCCUUCCUGAUGACCUGGUCUUCAUUAAGGAGCAGAUCGCUGGACCCCUGGACACUGAUACGCUUAACCAGUGGAGUCAGUUAAUUGGACAGACCGACAGCCAGCCGGUAAAGUGGCAAUAUGAGGGCAGGCCAGAGGAGAAGUCCUUCCUCUAUGAGAUUGUUUCCAACAAAAGGAACGGCAUUGAUGUGGACAAGUGGGACUACUUUGCCAGGGACUGCUACCACCUGGGUAUUCAGAACAAUUUUGACUACUGUCGCUUUCUCAAGUUCGCCCGUGUGUGUGAGGUGGAUGGGAAGAAGCUCAUCUGUACCCGAGACAAAGAAGUAGGUAAUUUGUAUGACAUGUUCCACACGCGAAACUGCCUUCAUAGAAGAGCCUACCAGCACAAGGUCGGCAAUAUCAUUGAAACCAUGAUUACAGAGGCCUUUGUUAAGGCAGACCCCUACAUUCAAAUUCAAGGUUCAAAUGGAAAGAUGUUCACCAUCUCCGGCGCGAUCGAAGACAUGGAGGCCUACACUAAACUCACGGACCACGUGUUUGAGCAGAUCCUGUACUCGUCUUCCGCUGAGCUGGCUGAGGCCAGAAAUAUCCUGCAGAACAUAAUUUGCCGACGCCUCUACAAGUGUGUGGGACAGACUCAGGCUGAGAAACCCGUGGAAGUCUCACAGAAAGAGCUCCUGGUCUGGGCAGGCAUGGUGGCGAGGUCCAGGCCUCAGAGCGAACACCAGGGCGUCACUCUGAAACCCGAAGACUUUGUUGUCAACAUCAUCAACAUGGACUGGGGUAUGAAGGAGAAGAAUCCAGUCAACAACGUGCGUUUCUACUGUAAAGACGACAUAACCAAUGCCUACCAGAUCCGCAAGCACCAGGUGUCCAGGCUGCUGCCGGAAAGGUUUGCUGAGCAACUGAUCAGGGUCUACUGUAAAAAGACAGAUGACAGGAGUCUGGAGGCAGCUAAGAAGAACUUUGUCCAGUGGUGCAUGGACAUGAACUUCUCCAAACCUCAGGACGGAGACGUGAUUGCACCCGAGCUCACCCCCCUUAAGCCAAGCUGGGCCAUAAAUAAUGAUAGUGAGGAGAACAUCAAAGAAGAAAACCAGGCAGGAGGAAGCAGGGCUGCAUUUAAUGGUGGACAGAAAACAGCCAGGCACAGACUCUUUUAGGGGGAAGAGGAAGACGAUAUACAGAAGAGGGUCCCCUCCAUUUGCUUUCAAUGGCAGUGUUCAUCCAAAAUUGUUUUCAUAGAUCUACAGGGAAUGCAAGGUUUUUUUCCAGCCCCACACUGACACCCUGGAUUCAGCUAAUGCAAGUCAUGUUGAUUAGCUUAAUUAUUGGUGGUCAUGAUGGUUUGGAACAAAAGCACUUAAACCCUGUUUCUCCCCUGGACCAGGAUGAGUAGUGGAACACUUUGUCCACCAGAUGGCGAAGAUGACUGUUACAUAAUGCCAGUGGAGCUAAAACAAUUAUGCAAAUACGUUGCCCUGAACCCUGUUUAUGAUCAGCUAGCUCCCUACCAAACCUUAACUAGCCAGGUUGGCCCUUUUAUCUGUGUCUGUUGGUCCACGAGACAUUACUUCACUCAGGGGUCUGAUUCAGAUUUUCCAUAUAAUAUAUAUAUAUAUAUAUAGGUUUUUAUAUUAUUUUAGCUAGUGCUAUUUCAAACUUAUGUUUUAGGUUUGUUAUCUUGUUGUGGUGUUUUAUCGUAAGAGAAGUGUGUCAACAUACUCUUCACACUGUUAAAUUUCUCCUGGCUUUGGAGACUAUACAUUGAUCUGUUAGCCUGGCAACAUCUGUUACAUCUGUCUAUCCUGGUGAGAGUUACUCUGAAACCGAACACAAACAAUCAUGAUUGCUUUACAUUGAUAUACUUGCAUAGCUGAAUGUAUAUUUAUUGAUUGUUGUGAUAUUUUAUUCACAUAUUAUGCAUGCAGUUGAGAUUUUAUGUUUGUUUUGGUUUUGUAAUUUAGGUUUAGUGUCUGAACUAUAUUUUUAAUUGGUGUGGGUUUUUUUUGGUGUGAUUUAAGUUAUAUAUUAUUUUCCAUGUACCCUGCUAACAUACUUGCCUAUCUGCCUAUGGUUUUGGAUCAUUUGGGAAUCUGAUUAAUGAUAUUGAAAAAGAAUUAAAAUAAAUGUCAUCCCACA